CGACGAAACGGGUCCCACGGGACGCGGCUUUGUUUACACUUUUUUCAGCGCCGUGCCGCGAGGUCACUGAAGAGAAAAUCCAAAGUGACGAAAAGCAGGCUCUAGUUCUCCCCGCGCUGGGAGGAAUGGGUGUUACUGCCGAACCAUUUUGUCGUUCCCCCCGAGCUCAGUUCUAUCAGUAGCCACCAAUUCCCGGGGGGGGUUAAUGAUGGUGCAGCCGACAGCAAUCACGCCACCCUUACCAUCACCAACCGUAAUCAGGACGGACGAAAAGAUGCAGAAAGUCGACCGAAACAUUGUGUAUCAGCUGGACAACCGUGAACGUGGCUAUCGGACGCGACGGAUUCGGCGGAACGCGUCGUCGAUGGCGCCAACCGCGACGAUCAUCAGCGGUGGCUGUGGCGAGCAAACGUUUCGCCAGCUGGCCCUCGAGUUGGCCGAGCUGGAGUUGCUGGAGCGACUGAAAACGACUGAUCUUUGCGAGCCUAUCGACGAUCUGGCCAGCGAAACGGAGUCCGUGUUUAACAUCGAACAAAGCCAUAAUGGACGCCUAACGGCCACCGUGCAGACCAACAGAAGUGUGAACGUGUUUAAAACUGCAACGAUGCAGAAAGUUGCGAAAUAUCCCACCGGCGAUCGGUCCGUAUGGACGCUGGCAUUCCACCCAACGAACGAGAACAUCAUCGCGUUCGGAACGCUUGGCGGGGCAGUUUCGGUGUACGUCGACAAUCGGCUUGCGGGCACACUGAACGAACCGGAACCGAUCGGUUCGUUGUGCUUUCAUCCGACGCUAAACUUUCUGCUGCUGACCAGCAUGAACGAAGUCAUCUUUUGGGACUGGAACAACAACAUAACGUACACGACCGGCAUGUACAGUGACUGCAAGUGCCGGUUCCUGCACGUCACGCAGGACUUACGGCUGAUCACCGGCAUCACGCAGACGAAGACACAUCUGAUGGCGGGCGUGGGCAAAAACGUGGAGGAAGUUGAACCGGAAUAUCUGAUGGUUUCGUUCCUGCGCAGCGUUAGCCUGAUGCUGGACAAGCUCGAGCUAACGCUGUCGACGCACGUCGAUUAUCUGCUGCAGUUGGAGAUGAAUAAGCAGUGCCUCAUCUGGAUACAUCUGCUGCAAACGAUCAACCGCAAGCGGGGAGAGGUACGGUGCUGUUCCACCGUUAGCCCGGCGGACAAGUGCACGAAAUCGAACCUCAAUCUCACGCUAAUGUCACUGAUCCGUAAGAUCGAUGCACUGGAAGGCAGGCUGCUUACUCGCAACAACACAUCGUUCUGCAUCACGACCGAAAUCAGUCAACGGUUGUGGUCGCCGGGUGCUGUGCUGUUAACACAACCAUUGAUCUACUUCAGAAACAUAUGCCAAAACUAUAUUUGCCAAGGCCACAAGACCUACAUAAAAUAUGUAUUCGAUCUCAGCCUAGUUGGCGAACUGCUGCGCAAAGUGUGCCGUAUGCUGUACACGCUCGCUCCAUCGGAACUACCGGACACCUGGGACUACAUUUCCCAGCUGUACGGCACGCCUCUAUCGCCCGAAAAACACUGCAUCUUGCAAGCGUGGGAUCUAGAAUCGUUCCAGGGCGAUGUGGAUGAUUUGCCCGAUUUUACGGAAGAUUGGAAAAAUGUGAUUACUAUCUGUCUGAUCAACAACGAUUCGAACGUUGCCAUCUCGCAGUGCGAACAGUUUAUCGCUUCCGUACGGUUUCGUUCCGUGAAUGAAAUGGAGAUCAGGAGCCUUCGACGGGAUAACUUUGGCGAGCUGAUCUACGCAUUCAAGUUUACUGCCAGCUUCGUGUCGCUUUCCUUCUCACCGUCCGGUCGGUACGUUGCCGUUGGUUUGCGGUGCCGCCGAAACCUCAAAUACGCAUACAUUCUCGAUAAGGAUACACGCUGGCGGAUAGGCGUAGGUUUGAACGUUCCGAACGAUUCGAACGAAGGUUCGGAAUCGGAAACAGUAUCACAGAACGAUCGUGUAGGAAUUAGACUGUGCCUACCGCUCGACCCCGAAGACUACCUGGAGAUCAACUGCAUCAAAUGGGCAUCCCUACCGGGGUACGGACUUUUGCUGGGCUUGAAAUCGAAUUUCAUUCAAGUCUGCCGGUAGUGUUCCCGCGCAGCAGUCAGCAGUGAGUAGUAAGUAGAGGAGAGGGAGUUGAAGAAGCUACACAACAUAACAAAUAUAUCCUCCUAUUAUGUACGACGCACUCAUAUGAUACUCAAAACUCUGAUCGUCGAUCAGCACUAGCAACGGUACACAAAGAUAUGAACCAUUUUCACAAUGUAAGCAACUGUAUAAUAAACCAUGCUGCGGGCCGGAGAUUUCUACAACCCGGUCUCUGAAUGUACGCUCUGAA